UGAAGGUUCUGCGUAGCUGGGGCACAGGUUCUGCAGGACCUCACGAUUCUAUUAGCAGCGUGUGCACGGCAGUUGCUUGGCGCCAUAGCGGCCCCUAUCCAACUCUGGGCACCUCUGCGGUGUGCUUCGUUGAACUCCCGAGUCCUGGCGUCUGGAUUGAAACGAGCCGAUUCUGGGCUCAGGAGAGCGCUGCUGCAAGGGUCUGUUUAAAAGCUGGAAAGCGAUUAGGAAGCUGGAGAGUGCAUUCUGCACGUGAAGCAUCGGCCUUGUCGUUUUCGUACAGUGGUGGACGCACAAUAGAGGAACAAUCUCCUUGCAACUACUUGUCAUUGGCAACCAGGGGACAGCAGUAUCUACAGUUCAGAGGACACAAGGUGUUGUCAACGGUUUUUGCUCUUUCAGAAACCAUCUCAAUCAGAACUUCGGUUGUGCUCAAACCCGCUCUCUAUGUUGUUCCUCCUGAUCCCAGUGUUCGUCGGGGUCGCGAUACUCGUCAGCGCCAACAAAGAUCGCAUGCGCAAUCAAAGGCGGGCUCACGGAUAUGUUGGGCAGCGGUACUCAAUUCCGGGGAGUACCCCUAGAGCUUCCGGUGUUACGGUGCAGUUAUCGCUUGGCGACUUCUCGGGCCCACUGGUUUCGGUGUCCAAGCGGAGGAAGAGAAAGGUCUAUGUGCCAGAGGCCUACUUCUUGAGUGCCACGCUUAACGACACUACGCAUCGGCUGACCAUGCUCCACCGGUCCAGCACCGACGCUCUCAACCUUUCCUGGGGCACGGGUCCUCACCUCUCUUUCGCCCUUCCCCAAACCGCUUCCGGUAGCUUCACAACCGGGGACCUGCUGCUCGAGCUCUACGGCUGCCGGAAGGGCAGCAUCACUGGCAAGAUCAAAAAAGUCGUUUUGCUUGGGCACGCCAGAGUAAACCUAGCAGAUUGUCUGGACGGGGAGUCCCGGACGCUCGCGGCGCAGUUUCGGGUGUCAGAGGGGGGCGAGCGGUGCAGCAGAAAGCGGGUGGUCGUUGCGCCCGGGGGUACCGAGAUUGGGCAGAUGGGCGUGGGGGUCCGGCUGCUGUACCCCCCUGGAUAUGUUCUGGGGGGUGCUCGAGCCCAAGAGAGUGCUCAGUACGCGUAUGAUCCUCUUAAGAUGAACCGCAUAGAAGGGGUGUCCGCAGAGGGGUACGUACCGGCGGCCGUGUACGGUCCAGAUGGGGCGGCUUGGGUUGUGGCGUCGAAGGAGGGCGAAGCAGUAGGAAAGGAAGAGGAAAAGGCGCAGGUGUAUCCACUUUUGUAAAAAGCAAUUUCUUUGAUUUGGGCCCUUUGGUGUAGAUAUCCUGUAUACAAAAUCCGUAGUUUGCUUCAAUGUGAACGUCUAGUGAGCCCGAUAGAGUUUGGGUUGAUAUGCGUGGGGCAUCAUUUUUAGACCUGCGAAUCGGCUCCAGUCGUGUAAAACAUGGUCCAGUUUUCGCACGCUUUACUGUCUUUUGAGCAAGUGCUGGUAGUGGAGUCUGGUCCGCUGGCUGCUUGGUUUCGUAAUUGUAUACUUACUCUGAAAGCCCGCUAUUGAUGAAUGUUUACCGAGCCUGGAUUCAAUGUUUCCUUGGACUAAAACGUACCAUACGUUGAUUGCAU